CGUGUCGCUCCAGACUACGCGCGAAAAACAACAUGGCGGAAUUUUGCUGUGCUAAACAUUUUUUUACAAUUCUAGAAUAUCAACGUUGGAUUUCAUGUUGGUUUUAAGCGUUAACUGGUCAAAGAAUAUUAGCAAUGUUCAUUAAAGCUUUCCGAGUGAAAUCCAACACUGCAAUUCGAGGAUCUGAUCGAAGAAAGCUGAGAUCAGAUGUAAGCCAUGCUUUCCCUCGGUUAUCACAAGAGGAACUUACUGAGAUCAUCCCAAACAAAGAAGAGAUGUCUGUGAUGCGUAUAAUGACUCAUUCUGGACAGAAUGUUACAGUCUUUUGUCUCAAUGGAGAACCAAUAUUCUUUGAUGUAGAGAAGAAGGUGAUACCCACAGUUUACACGCUGUGGAAAUUCCCAGACAUGUUACUGAGCUUCACAACAUGGCCUCUUGUACUUGACAAACUAAAAGGAGGAGCAGACUUGAUGCUUCCUGGUGUCAUCUUACCGUCAGAUGGUUUGCCAGGAUUAGGACACUUUGAGAAGGGUACACUAUGCAGUGUUUGUCUCAAAGGAAACAAAGCCCCCGUGGCAGUUGGAACAACCUUAGUCUCCAGCAGAGACCUGUUAGAGGAUGGUUUGCGUGGCAAAGGAGUCAUGAUUUUCCAUGUCUACCUGGAUCUUUUAUGGGCACAAGGGAGCAAGACUCAGUUACCUCAAUUAGAUAUUUUACAAGACAAGGUUACAACUGAUGAGAUGAGUGACUGUAUGCAAGAAUUGUCAGUUGAUGAAACAGAAAAGGUUGACCAUGAGGUAUUACAAGCAGAGACUACAUGUACAGAUAGAUUUGUAGUACAGGAAGAUGCUGACAAUGAAGAUGAAAGUUGUCUUGAGCAAAGUCAUGAAAUAAAUGGCAUGUCUUCAAGUGCUGCAAGUGCCAAAGAUGAGGAACAGUCAGAAGAAGAAACCCUGUCACUUGAUCCAGAAGACAGCACAAAAUCACAGGACACACUUUUAGAGAACAUGGAUGAUCUUCUAGAGUACUGCUUCUUUUGUGCCCUGUUGAGGAUGAAGAAAGUAGAAUUACCAGUGUUGACUAGCACAUUUUCUAGAAGUUACCUUUUGCCAUCUUGUCCGGAGGGAAAGUCAGUAGAUAUCAAGAAAUCCUCGCAUAAAAAGUUGUCCAAAUUUCUUCAGUUUAUGCAAGAACGAGGUUUGAUCUCAGUACAAGAGGCAUCUAAAGGAGUUGAUCAUAUUACUGCAAUAACUUGGCAUCACCCAGAAUUAAAAGAUUUUAAAGCAAGGAAGCCAGUUGUUGAAAGUGGUGCGGAGGUUGCGGACAGUUCGUCCCCUUGUGCUACUCAGCCCCCGCGUAUAGAAGAACUCUUUUCUGUAUCAGCGGCUGUAUUACCGAUAUUUUCAGAAUUUGGAUUCAGUAAAAAUGCAGUGUUGAGCCCUUCUGAUGUUCGGUCGACCAUUACAAAGUAUGUGAAAUCACACGAUCUGAUGUCAAGUGAAAACAAAAGGAUGGUUGUGUUAGACCCCAGUCUUACCAAAAUACUAGUCAACAAGAAUGAGGAUCUUGAACUUUUGCCAUGGGAUCAACUCUUCGAAAGAGUGAUGUCAAAAAUGAAUAAAUGUCACCAAAUUACGUGUCAAGGACAGGAGCCAAUUUUUAGAAAAGGAAAGAUAGAGGCCAUUGAAAUCAAAGUGGAACAACGGAUGGGUAACAAAAAGGUCACAUUGAUCCGCAACCUUGAAUCCUACGGCAUUGAUCCGCAAGAAUUUGCUCACAAUAUUCAGAUCAAAGCUGCGACUAGCACAUCAGUUACUCAGCUUCCAGGGAAACAUACUGCACCUGGAAUGCAAGUGUUAGUUCAAGGAAACCAAGUAGCUAUUGUAGCCAAGUUUCNACUGCGGCGUCUGCGUAUGACGGCUUAUGCUUAUGCUUACUCACAAGUGAAAAGCAAGCUUUAUUCUCAGUAUUGUACUAUCUGCCGAGAGAAAUGA